AUGUUUCCUACGGCAGUCGCACUAUCUGGGCGUUCAGCAUGGAAAGGUCCGUUCUUCGUGGCCUUUCCUAAUAUACGUGAAGCAAUGGAAAACAAUGUCGCGAUCAAAACACAAGCCCGGGCGUGCACCAUCCUCCCCAAUUUUGUCGGACUUAGGUUUCUGGUGCACAAUGGAAAGGACUAUAUACCGGUGAACGUCACGCAGGACAUGGUGGGACAUAAACUGGGAGAGUUCUCGGCGACGAAGAAGCGGUUCACGUAUAGGCAUACAAAGAACCGGUAGAGGCGGGCCUGUGUUAUUCUUCCACUUCGGUAGUCCUCUAUUUCCAUAUCGAUUCGCUCUAUCCGUCCUAUUCGAGAGCAGACCGUGCCAUACUGCGGAAAGAGCAACGGUGAAACAAAUCGGCUCUGACGCCUCUUUGCGCUCCUGGUCAACCCCACGCACAAUUUCACCAUUCGAUACAUCUCAUAAAUCCGCAUAACGACAUAUCUGGGUACUCAACCCGCGAUAUGGAAUGGAUAACCGGCUAGCUCAUUAGUGAACGACAAAAUCAAGACAUAGAGAGGAGAGCAUUCAAUACGUUGUUUCCGUGUGAUGAGGUUUGACUGGAUGUGAGAGAUUCAUGUUUUACCACCAUAGUUCAUUUAGGGGCAGCCAUGCUUCGUGUACGUUGGCAAAACCUUGCAGCAGAAUGGAUGCAUUAUGUCCGCC